AUGGCCCAUCUUGAGCCAGGUUCUGGCCAGUCCAUCUCACCUACCAGCUCUGGCAGAGCUUCUCCCAUUACCAGAAAAUGGACAACUGAAGAAACCCCCAGCAAAGAUAAAGCAUACCGCAGAUAUGCCUCUGGUGUUGAGAGAUCUCUUUCCCUGUUCGAUACGGCGUUGCAGGAAUGGGCCGAUUAUAUUUCAUUUUUAGGGAGGCUCUUGAAAUCCCUGCAAGCACAUCCCUCUACGAUUACCACAGUCCCGUCGAGAGCAAUUGUCGCAAAACGAUUAGCACAAUGCCUCAACCCCUCCUUACCCUCAGGGGUGCACCAGAAGGCCCUCGAAGUCUACGCAUAUAUCUUCACGUUGAUAGGAAAAGAUUCCCUGUCCAGAGAUCUACCUCUGUACUUCCCUGGUCUGGCAUCUACACUUUCAUUCGCUUCGCUCUCGGUUCGGACGCCUUUCCUUGAUCUUCUGGAGAAACAUAUGCUCAAGCUCGAUGCGGGCGCUCUCCGACCUGCACUCAAGGCUAUCAUACUCUCAGUUCUCCCGGGCUUGGAGGAAGAGACAAGUGAGGAGUUUGAAAGGACGUUGAAACUGCUAGACGAAUUCAAGCAUUCGGUCAGGUCAACUCGUGGAGACGAUUUGGGUCAUGACCACAAUAGUGCCGAUGAGUACUUCUGGCAAUGCUUUUUUCUUGCAGCAAUAACAAGCAAUACACGGAGACUGGGUGCCUUAGCCUAUUUGACACGGAAUCUUCCAAAAUUAGGCAAAGCCGUAGCUUUGGAUUCAACAAAAAGUGCUGGUGAUGAAUCAAGCCCCGAGGAGGACAAAGACUCUAGCACUAGUCGUCUAGCGGAUUUAGUGACCUCCCCUGAACCUGGACUCCUACUACGGUGCUUCGCUGCGGGUCUGGCGGACGAACAAUUGCUGAUUCAGAGAGGCUUCUUGGAUCUACUAGUAACACAUCUGCCACUUCAAUCGCAUGUCUUGCAGAACCGCGUAAAGGCUGAGGACCUAGAGCUUUUGAUAACUGCUGCAGCUGGGGUCGUGGCAAGAAGAGAUAUGAGCCUUAACCGACGGCUAUGGACAUGGUUACUAGGCCCGGAACCAGUACAUGUCGACGGCGAGGAUGGCUCAGAAUCCCCCAUGUCUCUGGCAGCAGACCCUUUGACAGCCCAGGCGUCUUUGCGCACACGUUACUUUGAAGAGUAUGGGAUACAGCCUUUGACACAAGCUUUAUUGAGAAUGAUAACACGUGAAUCUACGAAUCCAGUAGAGAGGGCGAGGCCCUUCCGAAUUUGUCUGUCCCUCAUGGAUCGAUGGGAAAUAGGAGGCCUCGUUGUCCCGGAGAUCUUUCUCCCGGUGGUAGACAGCGUUCGUAAAUACAAAGACAUUGCGUCUACGAAAGAUGACUUCUCGGAAGUGCUCAGAAGCGCCAGUGUCUUCUUUGACGGGGUCGAAAGCGGUCUAAUUUGGGGUGAGAUUGUUGGUUUGAUUGCGCAAGCUAUCGAGCCCGGAAGCGCUACAGUUUUGGAGCGCAAAGAUAAACUCUCGCUGGUCAAGUUUAUCCUUGCCCACUUCAAUGUACGCGAGGAAGAGAUGCUAGUCAUCCACGCUCCAUUAGCAACCCUUACAAUUUUGGCUAUGUUAAAGGAAGCGGUGGAAAGACCUGGAAGCCAUUCAGACGGUGCUAGUCUGUCAGAUGAUGUGACCCAGAUGGCACUAAAUACUGCUAUAGAUCUUUUCGACUUUAUUCCUGAGCGAGCCUUCCAAGACCGUCCUUCUACGACUGAACCCCCUAUCGCUAAGAAGACAGAGGAGACCGAAUCUUUGAAACAUACCGCUGAGUCAUUACGGAUCAUUCAAACAUUCUAUGUGCAGGAUCAAGGAAAUCUUGAUGCUAUUCCUCCGCCAUUCUCAAUUCGUGUCGUCAGCGGGCUUCUUUUCAGGGAAAUUGCAGUCAUCACUAGUCAAAGCAUCUCAAAAUCAGUUUCAAGUGCUGACGCUGGUUUGAAGAGUAAACUUUUAGUGACGAUGCUCAACAAAUUACCAACAAGCAAGAAUCUAGAUGUGGAGCAAAUCUUAUUAUCCGUAGAGAGUCGACUUUCAACCCUCGAUGACCUUCCAUUCGCAACUUUUACUUCAAUUGUUUCUCUUAUGACAACGCUCUUCUCUGCACAAUACAUCUCAGCUGAAGAUCUGUCGAAAUUCGUUGAACCUUUAGUACGCAUAGCUUGGUCGUACCUUUCCCCGGCCCAUCCCAAGUAUCACGUUGAGACAGUGCGAUGUCUUUGGCAGCUCCAAUCAGGCCUGACACUUUCUAAUCGAGAGAUCGAAUCUACUAUUUGCUCUCUCAUGCUAGAACGAAACAUCGAGGGCACUUUCAUCGUGCGUGAUGCCGACGCAGGUCGCAGAUUUAGUAUUCUCUGGACACACACGCUACAAGAUAACUCUGUUUCUACUCAGCGACGAACUUCAAAAUCUAAUGCAGCGGAUUCCCGCGGAGUUGGAAGAGUUUUGGGAGCCGGGUACUAUGAAGUGAUGCUUUCCAGGCCUUUGUUCUUGCUCCUUGAUGCGUUAUUGGACGAGCAAACACAGCUAUUUAUGACUGCAAAGAUGUGGCUUCAAGGCCUGACUGGGCUUGAUAAGCUUUUCAACCUAAUCAUAAGGAAAUUGGGAAACUUUGAGUGCCUGCAAAGAUCCUCGCUAACUGAAACCAAUUCAACUACUGUGUCGUCCCACAUAUAUACUCAAGAGGAUGAUCUAGAUCAGUGUUUCUAUUAUCUCCAGACAUUUUCCAACAUUCUACGAUGGUCUUCUGACAGCAUGUGGGCUGCUUUAGCUCAGAACACCAUUACUGCAGAAUCCGGUUAUCUUCCCUUGAAAGGCACCAUUGGCCAUAAGACCGAAGUUUCUUUUCUGGAGUUUUUCGUACAGGUUUGUUCACACGCAAUGGCUGGACGAAAUGAUCGUACAGAUGGAUUUUUGAAUAGAAGAAUAAGCCAGUUACAUCGUACGGCACUUACGGUGCUUCAUCAAAUAAUGCUGAGCCCCUAUUCCAGUCAGCUUGCAGAUCUACAUCUAGAAGACCAGCUCAUCGAUCGCUUGAUCCGAUCUUUAGGAGAGCCGGAUCCAUUAGUCCAAGUCUUGCUUCUCGAUGUCGUGUAUGACUCGUUAAAGAUCCGUGCUAUCUCUGCGGCGCUCAACCCUUCUACACUGCCCACCACGGAAAUCAAACGAACAAGCACCCAGGACGUGACUCAGAACCAGACCACCCCAUCUACUGUAGACCGCGAUCAGCAGCCUUCAUCACGAGUCCCGCCGCCACCUCAGUUAUUGAUCAAAGCUCUUCAGGAAGGGUUAGCCUCGCCAAAUAGUAGGCCGGUACUCGACAGUUGGGUGGGCUUUUUGACUGAAUGCCUACCUCUAUAUUCCGAGAGUAUAUUUCAAGUUCUCAUACCACUGGUUGAAACUCUUUGCGCUCAAGUUGGUGGUACCUUUGAAGACCUGCAGAAUACAUUCAAGGACUCCACUGUGCCAGCUGGUACUGCAGCGCCCGAAUCGACACUUAUCUCUUUGAUUAACGCACUGGAACAAGUGCUCGCAUGGGGUCAUGACAGGUUACUUCAAGACGAGUCGAAGGCGCCAGCCGUUAAAAGUCCGGAAUUACCGCAAGGAUUCUUUGGCAAUAUGGUGUCCAACGUUUUCACAUCCGAAGCUCCACAAUCCAGGAGUGCAACUGCAAACAACCGCCUGACAGUUCUUUUAACCUUCCAAGAUGCGGUUAGAAUCUGCUUUCUGAUAUGGUCCUGGGGUGGACGAGGAGCCAGCUCCCAAGACCUUGAUUCUGCAGCUUCAUUCAACUACACAUCGCUAAGGAUGAGAAAUCGGGCUCGAAGACUACUAGAACAUUUGUUCGCAGCAGAGGCUUUGGAGUGUCUGGAAACUGUAGUAGAAGUCUGGCUAAAGUCGACAAAGAUGGAAGUGGGCUCUAGUCCUGCAAUGGUAUUUAACCUUCUCCAUGUAUUAGACGGCUCAAGGCCAAAACACACGAUACCGGCGAUAUUCAACGCUAUCUACAGCCGCACAAACCCAUUGGCCCUGGAUCCUGCUCGAAAAUCCACGAUGACUUCUUCGUUGAACGACACAGAUUUGGUGAUUUUUCUGGUGGAAUAUGCACGCUCCCUUGACGACGACGCUAUGGACGAGAUCUGGACAGACUGUAUGACGUUUUUGAGGGAUCUCUUGACGAACCCCUUUCCUCACAGGCAAACCUUGCCAAGCCUUCUUGAGUUUGCUGCUAUACUUGGCGAGAAGGUAGAUAACACUAACUUUGGGGAGCAGCGGAAAAUGAGAAGGGAUCUAGGAGAUCUUUUCUUGCGCCUCCUUACCGCAACAUUCACUACUCGACCCAUGGGCUUCUCUGAAAACACGAAUGACACCGAUUCGGCAGGGAGCCCAGUAGCUAGAUCUGAUGAUGUAGUUGGCAUACUGGCGUCAAUCGCACCAAACCUCCCCAAGAUCCUGGUUGAAUCCGAUCGAGUUCUCUCUGCAUCCAGCACCAUCUCAACAAGUGUCAUUGGACCGACCUUCAAGUCUAAAGCCUUCCCGGAAAACGUCAACAAGAGUACGCUUGUUCUCUUGUAUCAAUUGAGUCGGCUGCCGAAUAAUCAGAAGGCAUGGAAAAGGGACCUAGGAGACGCCUUCAAUGACCCAAAGUUCUUUCAGAGCCAAGUCUCGCUGGUCGAGAGUGAUUGGCUUCCACUACUGAAGCAGUGGACUCUUAAUGACAAGGAAAGGAUGCCAGAGAUACUACUUCGACUUGUACCUCCUGCUACAGCCGGUAUUGUUUUCGGUGUAGGAGCAACUUCGGCAAGGUUAGAAGCUGAUCGAAAGACACAACUUAACCUUCGGCGCGCAGCCACAUUAGUUCUUGCAACUGCAAAUGACAGUUUUGUGACCGAUUUGCCCCUCAUACAAGACAAGAUUGUAGAGCUGCUUCCGGCGACCACGACUUCUUCUCCAUCUUCCACCACUAGAGCUGACAUAUACAUGCUCCUGCGGGCGUUGGUGCUCAAGACUUCUGCGAUACACUUUGCAACUCUCUGGCCUAUCAUCAAUGCCGAGCUACAUACAGCCAUCUCUUCCGUUGUCGCAGCGGACCACAGUGCCGUCGCUGACACAUACAACAACACGUCUGUUCUCCAAGCUUGCAAGCUCUUAGAUACCCUUAUUUGUAUUGCACCAGAUGAUUUUCAACUCCACGAAUGGUUAUUUAUUACGGACACUAUAGAUGCUGUCUACCGACCUGCCCAUAUACAGCCAGCUGCUCUUGCCGACGAACUUUCUGAAGAACUUUCGGCCGCAAAUAUUAAUUCGGAAGGCAUGCAUCACCAAGCUUCGAGUUCUCUCACCAGAAAACCGCUUAUCGGGCCAGGCGGAAUUAACGAUGAAGGUAAUUGGGAACGGAGAGAUGAUCUGGUUGCCAAAGUGCUCAGACCAUUCUUUGGACAGCUGAGCAUUUAUGCAUUUGAAAGCACUUAUACCAUGGCCCCCACAGACUGGAGUGCAUGUCGAUCGGGUUUAUUGGAGGAUUUGUUUGACGAGAGGACCAUCGUUAAGGCGCUGUAA